GCAUAAUUAGCUUAUAUCCAACAAUUUCAUAAACGCAGGAACUCUCAUGGACGCCAUGGGACUGGUCACGGAUAUUGUGAAGGAUGUUGUAGCUACAGUUAAGAAAUAUGUAAAGUACCAGAUAUGUCACAAUGAUUAUGUCAACAAAUUCAAAGAAAUGCAAACAAAGCUGAAGCGCCGACGGGAAGACGUUGCGGCAGGACUGCGUACUCAGCUUAUGCAGCCUGGGAAGAUUGCAAAGCAGGAAGUUGAAGCUUGGUUAAAGGUAGCAGAACAAGAAACUACAGAAAAUGUGCUUGAAGAUAUAAUCUGCAAAGGGGGCUGUUUCACAUAUAUUUGCUCCUCAAGAAAGCUUGAGAAAAGGACUCAAUCACUGAAUGAAGAAAUAUUUAACCAAGGAGAAAAAUAUACUAAUGCUGGUGAGAGUUUGGUCGUAGAUGAUCACUCAAUUGAGCAUUAUGAAACUGUAUUUAAAGAAAAGCAAGAGCUGCUGAAGCUCCGACAGCAAGACAUUAAGGCAAAAUUGGAGACUUGGCUUCUGCAGCCGGGAAAGAUGGCAAGCAAUGAAGUUAACUACUGGAUGGAGAAAGCAGGCCAACAGAUUGACAUAAAGGUUGAAGAUCUGAUCAGCCAAGGGGAAUGUUCAUCUCCAUUCAACCUUAGGGAAAAAACUGAAGAAUUGAAGCAAAUUCUUGAGCAAGGAAAAGAAUUCACUAAUGCUGGUGAGAGUUUGACUAUAGAUGAUCACUCAAUCAAAGGAGUUCCACUACUCGUUGAAGAAUGCAGUGGCAGGGAUGAUAUACAAGAACAAAUUCUGGGAUGGUUGAAGGGAGACAAGGAUACAAGAAUUGCAGUUUGGGGAAUGGGUGGUGUGGGCAAGACAACAAUUAUGAAGCAAGUCCACAACCAACUGUUGACAGAACCCAAAUUUAACAAAGUUAUUUGGGUAAAAGUGUCAAGAGACUUUGACAUUAUUGUCCAGCAAAAAAAGAAGUUUGAUAUUCUCAAGUUUCAGAAAAGGAUUGCAAGUAGCUUGGAAUUAAAACUGGAGCCAGAGGAUCAUGAGAAUGAAACUAAGAUUGCAGGAUUGAUUUCACAAAAUUUGGGGCAGGGCAGCUUUGUGCUAAUUUUGGAUGAUGUGUGGCAGCCUUUCUCUCUAGAAGAUGUUGGAAUUCCUAAUCUAGUUGGAAAUAAUGGUUGCAAGUUAGUACUCACGACACGGUUACAAGAUGUUGCUCGUGCAAUGGAGUGUAAGGUGAUACCUGUGAAUCCUCUUCCACCUGAAGAAGCAUUAGCAUUAUUCUUGAAGAAAGUUGGAAGUGAUGUGUUGUUAGAUGGCAAAAUUAAAGGAGAUAUAAAGCCAUUUUUGGAGCAAAUUUUGCAGAAAUGUGACGGAGUACCCCUUGCUAUUGUGACAGUGGCAAAAUCUAUGACAAGGAAAAUGCUUCCUCGUCAUUGGAAGUCAGCACUUUCUGAAUUUAGUAAAUUUGAAAGCAUUGUAGAUUGUUUGAAAUUUAGUUAUGAAUGUCUAGAACCACAAUGCCAAGAGUGUUUCCUAUAUUGUGCAUUGUAUCCUGAAGAUUAUGAAAUCCCAAAGGAAGAGUUAAUUGAGUAUUGGAUUGAGGAGGAGCUUAUAUAUAAAGAAGGGAAAACUAGGGAGGCAAUGAAUUGGAAGGGUCAUGAUAUACUUGAUAAGCUGGUUGACAACUGCCUGUUGGAGUUGAUUAGAGGCAAUGAAUAUUGUGUGAGUAUGCAUGAUCUUCUCCGAGAAAUGGCACUAGAAAUCAAUCCUCAAUUCUUGGUGAAAGCUGGCAUGGCCUUGGAAAAGCUACCAGAGGAGCAUGAAUGGAUUGAAGAUCUUUUAAAGGUUUCUUUAAUGAGGAAUUACAUAACAGAAAUUCCUUCAAGCAUGCCGCCUCCGAAGUGUCCCAUGCUUACAACCUUGCUGUUGUCCUAUAACAAGAUUUCAACAAUUCCAGAAGCUUUUUUUGAGCAUAUGGUUAGGCUCAAGAUUCUUGAUCUUUCCAAUAAUUGUGAGCUAAGUAGGCUGCCAACUUCUAUUUCCAAAUUGGAGAAGCUUACUACAUUAUUGCUAUUGAAUUGCAAGUCCUUAAGAGAGGUACCGUCUUUAUCCAAACUUGUAGGCUUAAAAAAGUUGGACCUUUCAAGGACAUUAAUUGAAGAACUACCCCAAGGCCUCAACAUGUUAACAAAUCUAAAAUAUCUUGGUCUUGGUGGAAGAUUAUCUGAAGCACUUGAUAAACCGCUACAAAAUCUCUCCAAACUUCAGCAUUUACUAGUACAUGCCAAUCCCCGUGCCAAAACAGAAUUUAAAUGGGAGACGAUUGGAAUUUGGGGGAAACUUCAAAACCUUGAGAAGCUGGAUCUUGGUUAUUUGGAUAACUUGAAUAUGGUGUUUGGGGAAGUAGGAGCAAUUGCUGAGUUAGCACCGCUACCAACUAGCACAUUUUCCUCUCUUCAAUAUAUUCGUGUUUGCGGAUGUGAUAAAAUAAAGAAGUUAUUUUCGGCAAGGUGGUUGGGAUAUCUCCAGAAACUACAGACUAUUGUGGUUUUUUAUUGUAAGCAAUUGGAGGAGAUAAUAGGGUUUGAAUCUGAAGAAGGAGAAAAAGUCACUUUACCCAACUUAGAAAGGUUGGAAUUGACCGUUUUGCCCCAGUUGAAGAGAAUCUAUAGCGAUUUUUUGAUUUGUGAUUCCAUCAAGAAGAUUGAAAUUUGGGAUUGCAAAAAUAUAGAGAGUGUUUUUUGGUCAGGGUUCAACCCACUUCCAAAUCUUGAAUAUCUACACCUUGACUAUUUAAAGAAUCUGAAAUGCGUGUUUGAUGAAGAAGGUCUUGGUUUAUCGCCACUUGUACCUCCCACAAGCUUUUUCUCUCUUAAAGAAAUUAGGGUUGCUGGGUGUGGUCAAUUAAAGAAGGUAUUCUCAUCUGGAUGGCUGCUCCGCUACUUCCAAUCUCUACAAACUAUUGAGGUUUCAUAUUGUGAUGAAAUGAAGGAGCUAAUAUCAUCAUCGGCACAUGAAGAAGAAAAAGUCACUCUACCCAAGUUACAAAGCUUGCAAUUGAUCGAAUUGCCUGCGUUGAAGAGCAUCUGCAAUCGCUCCAGUGUGUUGAUUUGUGAUUCCAUCCAGAGUUUGAGGAUUUCCGACUGUGAGAAGCUAAAGAGGAUUCCUCUGAACUUUCCCCAAUCAUCUCAUCUUCUUUCCCUCAAAGAAAUUGUGGUAUUCCCAAAAGAAUGGUGGGAAUCAUUGGAAUGGGACCAUCCCAAUGCAAAAGACAUCCUUUUACCCUUCUGUAAAUUUUGGCAGACGUUGUAAUUACUGCAAAUCACAAUUGGAAUUCGGCUCUGUAACCACAAGAAAGUUGAAGGAAAUAACAUUUGCAUUUGUUGUUGUUGCUGUUGGGUUUUCAAUUUAAUACAAAUUUACUAGUAUUUGUUUUUCUUUUUUUGUGUUUGUUUUUUGUGUUUAAAUGUGUCAAAUUCUAUGUGGAAAACUAGAAAUGUUUGUUUCUUUGUUAUUUGUGUAAUGUUGUCUUUGAAACUGUGUGCAAAAAAGACUUGAAACUGUA